ACAUUGUAAUCACCUGGGGUGAUAAAAAUUCUGAUGCCUGGUUUCCACCCAAGAGAUGCUGACUCAGUUGGUCUGGGGUGGGGCUUGGGCAUAGAUUCUUUUUAAAGUUCCUGAGGAGAUUUUAAGGUGCACGCAAGGUGGAAAACCACUGCUGAAGCAGAUUUGGAGAGCUGUAAAUUAAGGGUCUCAGCCACCUAACUGACAUUUGCUUCCUAGGUCCGUGCCCAGACAUCUCUGUCUCUCCAAAUCCUGAGAUCUCACUAAAAUCAUCAUGGAUUCAUUCGGUGCCAUCAGCACUCGACUUGGGUUUGAUCUUUUCAAAGAGCUGAAGAAAACAAAUGAUGGCAACAUCUUCUUUUCCCCUGUGAGCGUCUCAACUGCCAUUGGCAUGCUUCUCCCAGGAACCCGAGGAGCCACUGCUUCCAAGUUGCAGAAGGUGUUUCACUCUGAAAAAGACACGAAGACCUCAAGAAUAAAGGCUGAAGAAAAAGAGAUUGAGAAGACAGAAGCAAUACAUCAACAAUUCCAAAAGUUUUUGACUGAAAUAAGGAAACUCACUAAUGAUUAUGAACUGAACAUAACCAACAGGCUGUUUGGAGAACAAACAUACCUCUUCCUUCAAAAAUACUUGGAUUAUGUUGAAAAAUAUUACCAUGCAUCUCUGGAACCUGUUGAUUUUGUAAACGCAGCAGAUGAAAGUCGAAAGAAGAUUAAUUCCUGGGUUGAAAGCCAAACAAAUGAAAAAAUCAAGGACUUGCUCCCAGAUGGCUCUAUUAGUAGCUCUACCAAGCUGGUGCUGGUGAACACAGUUUAUUUUAAAGGGCAAUGGGACAGGGAGUUUAAGAAAGAAAAUACCAAGGAAGAGAAAUUUUGGAUGAAUAAGAACACAAGUAAAUCUGUGCAGAUGAUGACACAGAGCCAUUCCUUUAGCUUCACUUUCCUGGAGGACUUGCAGGCCAAAAUUCUAGGGAUUCCAUAUAAAAACAAUGAUCUAAGCAUGUUUGUGCUUCUGCCCAAUGACAUCGAUGGUCUGGAAAAGAUAAUAGAUAAAAUAAGUCCUGAGAAGUUGGUGGAGUGGACUAGUCCAGGGCAUAUGGAAGAAAGAAGGGUGAAUUUGCACUUGCCCCGGUUUGAGGUGGAGGACAGUUAUGAUCUUGAGGCCGUCCUGGUCGCCAUGGGAAUGGGUGAUGCCUUCAGUGAGCACAAAGCUGACUACUCAGGAAUGUCCUCACACUCCGGGUUGUACGCCCAGAAGUUCCUGCACAGUUCCUUCGUGGCGGUCACUGAGGAAGGCACCGAGGCUGCAGCUGCCACCGGCCUAGGCUUUACUGUUGCAUCAGCCCCGGGUCAUGAAAAUGUUCACUGCAAUCAUCCCUUCCUAUUCUUCAUCAGGCACAAUGAAUCCAAUAGCAUCCUCUUCUUUGGCAGAUUUUCUUCUCCUUGAGAUGAUUGUUGUCAUGGCAUUGCUGCUUUUAGAAAAAACCGCAAGUGUUAUUCAUAUGAUUAUGAAAAUCAUCCAUUCUUUUUUUUUUAAUUUUUUUUUUAGACAGAGUCUUGCUCUGUCGCCAGGCUGGAGAGCAGUGGGUGAUCUCAGCUUACUGUAACCUCUCUGUUUCAAGUCACCUCACUGACUCCCUGUUUCAAGCGAUUCUACUGCUUCAGCCUCCCAAGUAGCUGGGAUUAUAGGCACUCCCCACCACGCCCAGCUAAUUUUUUUGUGUGUGUUUUUUUUAGUAGAGACAGGAUUUCACCAUGUCGGCCAGGAUGGUCACGAUCUCCUGACCUCAUGAUCAGCAUUCUUUUAAAUGUUGUCUUGCUUGCAUUCCCAGUCUUGGCCAUCAAAUCAAUGAUUUAAUGACUCCAGUAGUGUCUGUGUUUAUAACCAUCCUUGAAAGUGAACUAUCCUUUCCUUUGUUCCAUGUAUAAGGUGAGUCAAACCAAACCUCAUUGAUAAUGCCCCUUGGUUUCUUUUGAAAGUAAAUCAGUAUUUUGUAGUUUUGUGCACUAAAGGAGAGAAACAGUCUCUCCAGUAAAGAGUAUGGACUAGUAAUUUUGGGGGUAUCUCUAAUUCUAAUAUUUUAGCAUGUUGUAAUUCACAAGUAAAUAAAACAAUAAUUUACUCAGCUCAUGUUGCUGUUCCCCAACAGAUAUUGUGGCAAAUCGCACAUAGGAAAGAUCAUUUGGGAAUACGGUAGCAAAACAUAAAACUCAAAUGGCAGAACAAUAUACCAGAUGGAGAGGAUGCUGGUAUUUUCAUCUUCCAUUCUAACAUUGUCCACUGUUAGGUGCAUACGCAUUUUGAUAUUGUGUAAUAAAUGUGGUAUUUAAGAAGAUACAUGAUGUAGUUGAUCAGUAUUUCUCCUCUAUCACCUCUUUAGACUUUAUAAGGUAAGUAUUUGGAAAAACUUUUAGAAGGCUUUCCUUUCUUUUUCCCCAUUGAUAUUUUUCUGGUUACUUUUUGAGUGAGGUAUGAGUAUUACCAAAUGAUAUUUUCUGAAGAUGCUUUUUGAAAAGCUCUGAAUCUAUUGCUGCUCUUAAUAGAUUCAGCCUCCUGUUUUGUAGGCUUGUUUCAUUUUCCCACCCAGUUUUUAACAAGAUCACAUAAUUGGCUUAUUUUUUAACAGCUUUGUCAAACUACAAUUUACACGCCAUAAAAUGUACACACUGUAAGUUUAUAAUUCUUUGACUUUUAGUAAAUUUCUAGAGUUGUGCAUCACAACAAUCCAGUUUUAGAAUAUUUCCAUGACCCGGGCUGGGCAUGGUGGCUCAUGCCUGUAAUCCAAGCACUUUGGAGGCCAAGGUGGGUGGAUCACCUGAGAUUGGGAGUUCAAGAAUAUAUCCAUGACUCUAAAAAGUUUCCUCAUGCCUAUUAAUAUUCUCAAUCCUAGGUACCACUGAGUUGUUUUCUGCCUUUAUAAAUUUUUCUUUUCUACAUCUUAUAUAAAUGGAAUCAUACUACAUGCAGUAUUUUGUGUCUGGUGUCUUGCAGUUAGCAUGAUGCUCUUGAGGUUCAUCUGUUGUAAUAUGUAUUGAUACUUAAUUUUUUUCAUUGCCGAAUAGUAUUCAAUUGCAUAGGAAAGACCUAUUUUAUUUAUAGGUUCAUCACUUGAUGGACAUUUGGAUUGUCCUCACUUCUUGGCUGUUAGGAAUAAUGUUGCUCUGAACAUAAAAAUAAGAUCCUUGUGUUCACAUAUGUUUUCAUUUCUGUUGGGUAGAUUUCCAGGAGAGAAAUUGCUGGGCCAUAUGACAAGUAAAUACUUAGCUUUGUAAGAAACUGUCCAACUGUUUUCCACUGUGGCUGUAUUAUUUCACAUUACCACCAGCAGUGUUUAAAACUAGUGUCUUCGAAUUCUCACCAACAUCCAGUAUCAGGUCUUUAUAGCCACUUUUGUAGGUACAAAGUGGUAUCUCUGUGGUUUUCAUGUACAUUUCCCUUACAUUUAAUUCUCACCAACAUCCAGUAUCAGGUCUUUAUAGCCACUUUUGUAGGUACAAAGCGGUAUCUCAUUGUGGUUUUCAUGUACAUUUCCCUUACAUUUAAUUAG